AAGACUCGAAUCAAGACACGGGACAAAUCAUUAGAAAUGAGUUGACUUGCUGAUACUGUUAAUCCCCUAAUUACACACCAUCCUACUCAUUCAGUUUCUAGUUGAUAUCACAAACUUGUUAAAAGAAAAAAAACAAAGUGAUGUCGAAUUUGUGUAGAGGGAGAUAUUUUGACAUUUCUCCUUUGGAAAAGAUUGUCCAUGAAUGGGAUUUAGGCAGCUCGAUGGAGCAUAAAAUGGACUGCCUUAAUAUCGAUUUUCAAUUUCUAAAUAUGCUUCUCAGCUUGCAGAGCUUCACAAGAAGAGACUGUUUGGAUACUACAGUAGAGAAAGUGGAAGCUCUUUGGGAUGCAGCUGAAUUUGAACGAAUCAACUGUAUCGACGAUGUUAAACUCGUGUUGGAUAAGAUGGAAGAAGAGAUAUGGGAAACUAAAAUUCAUAUCGAAGCUAAAUACUCAUUUCCCAUAGCACUUAUUUCCAAAAUUGCUACUCUCGAUCCCGAAUUUGUGAAGAGAUUCAUUGAUACAGUUAUAAUGAAUAUCACGGAUUUACCAAAGAUAAAUCGUCUUUAUACAUGGUCUAGAUUAAAACAAAUACAAGAGGCUGUAAAGGAGUUGAAGUUAUUGAGAAAUUUUGUCUAUUUUAUUUCAGACAGAUGCACGAAUCCUCAAAGCCAAUAUACUUUCUUCAGUCACGUUUUAGUUGUGGCUGGUCAUGUAGCAAUGAUUUCCUGGUUUAGUAUCAACGCCGAUAUGAACUUUUUCUUUGAUCCACUUAAAUUGGAUGCUUUAUUUUCUGACCUUCAAAUGAGGAUUCAGCCCAUUCAACCAGGUAUCCACGAGAUCUAUAUCGAUGUCCUGCAAGCUCUAAAAUCAGGAUCUCAUCCAAAUAUCGAUGUCCAUGCUGCUGAUUAUAAAGCUGGCUUUGUGGAGACUCUCGUACACCAUAUGGAAGUGCUACGUCCCAUUAUUCAUAAGCACGAAAAGGGAGUUGCUUUCAAGGAUCAAAUUACAAUGCUCAACUUCUUGAGAGACAAUCUCAUCAAUCUACCAAGAGAGGCCGUUGAAGAUUUUGAUACUGGAAUUAUUAAUGUAGGGCUUCUAGUUUACUCGGUGUUUAAAAGUGUGGCUCUUGGGAAGUCAAAACGAUUAGUUCCAGUUCUUGAUUUCUCAGGUGAUAUUCAGAGUAUACAAGCACUAGUCUACUUCCUCACUCGGAAUUCAUUUUGCUCCAAUUUACCUAAGAUUGACGGACUGGGAUCUAUUGAUAUCAUUUUAGACCAACUGGAGGAGUUUCUAAGCUGUUACUCAGAGUUAACUUCUUCUAUAAGGAGCCAAAUUCAGAAAAUACAGCAGCAACUGGAGCAUUUCCAGAAGCAGAAUGAUGGAUUCGGAUCUUUUGGGAUGCAGGUGAUUACUAAAGCAUAUGAGGUGGAUCACGUGGUUGUUGGUUAUAUAAACAAAGACAUUCCUGAGUGGUGUCUUUUUCUGUGGACUCGGGACAUCAUAGAGGAGAUUACACAACUAAUCGAGGCAGGGGAGAUUCAUGGAAAGGAAGUCUCUGACUCGGUAUUGCAUAAUACCACUGAUGUUGCCAAUGCUGAUACUUCACAACUUGCUCAGAUGACAAGCAUGAGCGAAGAGAUGGUGGGCUUUCAGGACGUGAUGUACACGCUAAGAGGGAAGCUAAUCAGAGGAUCAUCAAAGUUGGAUGUCAUCUCAAUCGUGGGCAUGCCCGGUUUGGGUAAGACAACUAUAGCUAACAAACUAUUUUUUGAUCAGUUAGUCGUUUCACAUUUUGAUGUCCGUGCACAAUGUUGUGUAUCUCAAGUUUAUACACGCAAGGAUUUGUUACUAACCAUUCUUCAUAGUGUUAAGAAGGAUACAGUUGUAAGUGACAAACUACCAGAGGAUGUAUUAGCAGAUAAGUUGCGCAAACUUCUAAUGGUUCAGAGGUACCUUAUCCUCAUUGAUGAUGUCUGGGAAACUGUUGCAUGGGAUGAUCUGAAACCUAGCUUCUAUGAUGCCAACAAUGGAAGUAGAAUCAUCCUGACAACUCGGCUUGGUGAUGUUGCCAACGAUGCUAAAUUCUUCAGUGAUCCUCAUUUUCUUCGAUUGUUUACUCAAGAAGAAAGUUGGAUGUUAUUGAAGACUAAGGUGUUCAAUACAAAAAGUUGCCCCCUUGUCUUAGAAGAUGUUGGCCAAAGGAUAGCAAAAAGGUGCGGAGGGCUACCUCUUUCAGUUGUCCUGGUAGCAGGUAUUCUCGAAACAACGGAGAAGGAAACAAAUUGUUGGGAACAAGUUGCAAUAAAUUUAGGCUCACACAUCCAGGCGAAGUCGGAGGAUAUAAUAAAUCUCAGUUACCAAGCUUUACCAUUUCAUUUGAAACCUUGUUUUUUGUAUUUUGGAGUAUUUUUGGAGGAUGAGGAGAUACGAGUUUCAAAGUUAACAUGGUUGUGGAUAGCUGAAGGUUUGGUAAGAUCUCAUAAAGAGAAGCCUUCCGAGGAUAUAGCAGAAGAUCACUUAAAAAACCUUAUUGGAAGAAACCUUGUAAUGGUUUCCAAGAUGAGUUCUGAUGGUAAGAGUAAGUCAUGUCGCAUUCAUGACUUGUUGCUUGAUUUUUGUAAAAAGAAAGCCAAGGUGGAGAACUUUCUACAAUGCAUUAAAGGGGACAAUGAUAUGAAUCCUUCUUCUGUUUCCUGUCAAAAGCAUAACAUUUCACGACGUUUAUGUCUUGACGUUCAAGCGGAUAAUCUUGCAGAAUGGAGUUCGAUUUGUUCAGAUGUACAAUCUUUCCACUUGAUGAAGGGAAGACAAAUUGGAUCAUCUUCAGUAAGCUAUGCAUCACACAUUUUUAACAGUUUCAAGUUUUUGUGGGUGCUAGAUUUAGAAUUCACUGUAAUUGAUUCUUUUCCAAAAGAGCUAACCUGCUUGAGAUAUGUUGCUGUUAAAGUUGCUGAAGAUUCUUCAUUAUCAUUCUCGGACAAUCUUUGGAACCUUGAAACUUUAAUAGUUAAAGGACUUGGAGGGCGAGUCACUUUACCAGACACCCUCUGGAAGAUGGUCAAGUUGCGUCAUUUACACAUAUACAACCGCGCUGUUUUCAAUAUAAACAAUGAACUCCAAGAAAUGGAUGGCUUGACAACUCUUUCCUCACCUUGGUUUUCUUGUGCGGAGGACGCAGACAGGGUCUUCGCAGAGAUGCCUAAUCUUCAAAAACUAAGAUGUGAAGUUUUGUCAUGUAAUUCCUCUUCCCCGUCAUUUAACAAUCUUACUAAGCUUGAAAUGCUCAAGUUUUCUUGGGGUCGUCGUGCACUGGCCCCCACACUGAAAUUACCACCAAGUCUCAAGACAUUAACACUAUCCAGUGGUUGCAUAUCUAGUCUUGAUGAAGUCGCAACUCUCCCCAGACUUGUGGUACUCAAACUGCUAAACAUUUCCCUUACUUUCGAUGUAUGGGAAGUGACCGAUGAGCAGUUCCCUCACCUCAAAUUCUUGAAACUGCAAGAUCUUUCUUUUUUAGAGUGGAAUGUUUCAGAUGAUGCUUUUCCAUGCCUUGAGCGCUUGGUGUUAACAAAAUUGCGACAUAUUGAGCAGAUCCCUUCUCGCUUUGAAGACAUGAUGACUCUAAAAUCAAUUGAGGUGAGGGAAUGCAAAGAAUCACUUGUUGAAUCAGCCAAGAAUAUUCGGGAAACACAAGUUGAAGAAAGGCAAAAUUCUGAUUUCAAGCUCUUUGUCCAUAAGUAGAACAAUCAUACUUUGACCCUCAAAUGCCAGCUUGAUUUCGUUAUCAGGGAACAAGGAGGCAUAAGAAGACAAGUUUGAGUCAAUUCUGGAAGCAAGAUGGUGCUGUUAAUAUAUUGCAGAUUGUUAGGCAACAAUAAAAUAAGUGCAAUGGAGAGGGUAAAUUAGCAAUUUAACUUUCAG